GAAAGCAAACGUGGAUCAUGGAUGUGAGAACAGGAAAGGUGACCGCGUAUCGUAUUAACUAAAGGAUUACCUCCAUUUGAUUCGACGGAGAUAACGGGUUAUAAUAAUGUCAUCAGACGCCGUCGUUAAAUCUGUUGGCAAGAAAUUGCGAUAUUAUUUUGAGGUGAAAAGACUGGAAGACGGAUUUGACCUGUCAGGAGUUAAUCGGCCAAUAUUGGAUCAUCCCAGGCUUAAACCGAGGAGAACUUUGCAGUGUAGCCUGUUGAAGGAUGUCCCACUGAAGCAUCACUUCAGGUCCCCCAGCAUUAGAGUUAGGCUAACACAGUUCCCAGGGGUUAAUGCCCCAGGGUCACCCAGAGAAAAACAAGUCAAAAGGGCAUUAGAAAGUUACAUCACUAGGUCAGACUUUGUGCAUCCAUACCUGUCCAGUUACUCGUACAUACACACGUCCAAGGGCAGGAAACUGCGACCAGAGUCGUCCUCAGCACUUCACACUGGUACAAGGUCAAGUAAGAAAAGAAGUAUAAAAGGCGGUUGUCCCGUGAUACGAAGUGCACCACCUCAUUAUGUCACGAAGAAACAAGCAGACAGAUUGGUGACUGUAGCAUCUAAAAUUUUAGUGGCAAAUGAAACAAUUGACUUGAAAGACCACAAACCCAGACCCCCUAAUGGACCUAAAAUCCAGUCAGCACCAGCGCCUUUUGAGACUAACAAACCAUUGCCUACCAUUGAAACAGAGACACGACCUAAGACAUCAAGAGGUUUUCAUCGCAAGAACCGAAACACAGAUGAGGGACGCGACAGUGCUUACACUACAGACAGGACUUCACCAGGAUCUGAUGAGUACCUGGGUAGAAAGGAUGGGCAUGGCAGUGCCGAAUCAGGAUCUACGAAAUCCUCUGACUCUGAUACAGAGCGCUCCCCAAGGCCACCUGCUGGUGGACGACCUGCAACACGGCGCAGUAGGCCGGUAUCUGCACGCACUUUACAUCAAAACCAGAUCAUGGACAUAGCCCAUCCUCUCAGUGGAGAAGUGGGCAUAGAGCUGGGUGUUCAGACCCGUGGCACAGUGGCAAUACAGACUGACAGCAGAGGAGACAUGACUGAGAAAGAUUUGGAUGAGGGAGAUCACAUUGUGAGGGCUGGUCCCCCGGCACAGUACCACAUCUAUGUGAGAACUGGCAAGAGGAUAGGUGCCAGCACCAAGGCCCAUGUGAAGAUCACGCUGUAUGGAGAGCAUGGCCGCUCACAGGAGUUCCUACUGGCAGAAUCUCAGAGGCACAAGAUCAAGUUCCAGAAGGGACAUGAGGAUUUAUUUACAGUUUACACCCCUCAUGUUGGCAGACUGAAGUGUGUGAAGAUAGGACAUGACAGACCUGAGUUAAUGUACGCAUGGUUCCUGGAAGGUGUGACGGUUGAGGACACUGUGGACAAGCGAGUGUACGAGUGUCCGUGUGAGCGAUGGUUGUCGGGUCAGGACGGGGACAAGAAGACAUAUAGAGUACUACCUGUGGACAGAGACCGUGCCCUUAUUAAAGAUUCUGAUGAUGAUUCUGGUAGUGAUGUGUCUUACAUAAAAAAGUAUGGAGAGGACACGGAGUCUGAAAGAGAUGAUAGCCCUCGUCGUUCUCCUGACAGUGUGAAGGCUCGGCGAAGUGCUGGGUCGUCAAAAUCUAGCUCCUCAGAUAGUGAAACAGAUAGUGAUACAGAGACGGACACCUCAAGCAGUGAGAGCACACAGAGGGAAAUCAUCAUCCCUGUUAAACCUCCUUCAACAGAUGUCAAGGUAACGCAAACAACCCAGUCAAAGCCUACCCGAGGGGAGCACCAUUACGAAGAAUCAAAGAUACUAGUGUCACCUGGUAGAAAAAUGAAAGAUGACUUCUUUGAUCAGAGACCUGCUGGACCAGUGUACACUUUUAGGACAGGUACAUCGGUGGACAGUCGUGAGGAUGCAAACACAGAGAAACCUGAACUGUCCAUCACAGAAACUGAUUCUGAGACGUCCAAGACAACCACCUCUGACUACAGCGAAACCAACAAAGCGGCUGUUAUUAUGCCUAUAUCACGAUUCCCUGUAAUAGCUGAGGAGGAUCCAAAACAACGUGCCACUCCUGACACCUCUGAGGAGAGGAAUGUGAGCCCAGGUAUGGCUGCUGCUCCUCAGAGAGUUGUGCCUCGUAUAGCAGUGGACCGUGUAGAAGAGCCUAUUAUAGAACAGACUGGAGGAUUUUCCGGGGCUCGUGUAUUGAAGGAGGAGUCUGGGACAGAAUCAGGAACAGCCAGGACUACAUCAGACUCUGUGACAAGUGAGAAAAAGGGUGCUGUUGAUGAACGGCUUAACCAGCCGCUCACAGUGAAGAAAUCCACAAGCAGUGAAGCGACUGAGGGAACUACAACUGAAACCGGCUCCAACACUGACAGAACAGCACAUAGUGGCUCGGCCACUGACAGAACCACACAGAGUGGCUCAGCCACUGACAGAACCACACAGAGUGGCUCUGGGAUUGAACGAUCCUCAACGACUAGUGGCUCCAGCACAGACAGGACAGCAACAGAGGUAGAGCAGUCAACAAACACAAAGAAAGUGGACGAAAGUAGUGGAAAGACUUGGCCAGUACAGGCGGUAAAUGGUUAUGGAGCCCCAUCAGCAUCAGCAACAUCCAACACAGAGAAACCUGAACAGGCAGCAGACUCAGGCACUGAAGACUCUGACUCAGACUCCAGUAGCAGUAACGGUUCUGAGUCAGAGUCUGAUUCAGACUCUGAAAGUGAUGGUGAAACACCAAGACCUGAACAAGUACAGCCAAAGAAGGAAGAUGACAAGAUUGGUUACAGUCAGAAGGAGAGUAUGCCAUCUCCUCAAGUGUCCCAGACUGUCACCACAGUGUCAGGGGAAACCCUGCACGAAGCAGCCAAGGCAGGCAAACUGACAAUUGUGACGGAAAUCAUCCAGAGCCACCCAGACAAGAUAAACGAGUUAAAUGAGGUGGGUUGGACAGCUCUCCAUGUGGCUGCGUCAGAGGGUCAACUUGAAGUUGCUCAGUGGCUGGGGCAGAAUGGAGCGGAAUUGAACAAAGAGACGCCCACAGGUUACAGUGCUAUUCACUUGGCGGCUCUUCAUGGGCAUGCUACCACCCUCAAGCUGUUGGCAUCCCUGGGAGGGACUGUGAACUGCCUGACCACAGACCAGCAAACACCAUUACAUUUGGCUGCCCUCAGUGGCCAUGUGGAGAUUGCUAAGUGGCUGAUAACUAAUGGUGUGGACAUAGGAGCUAGAGAUGAAUCUGACCGCACAGCCUUGGAUUUGGCAGUUAGAAACGAACAGGAUGAAGUCACAGAGUAUCUUAGGUCAUUUGCAGGGAAGGACGCAUCUGACAGCGGAAAACCUGUUGAAUUUUCAGUAGAGAAUGGCACCCACAAUAACUCUGUUACAGACCAUGUUGAGAAGUUCAGUGCACAGACAAGCCAGCCUAGCUCCCCUCACACACAGGAAGAAGACUUGAAGGAAAAGCGACAUUUAUAUGAGGAGCAAAAGAGUAAAAUGGACGAGUCAGGACUGAGUUUCUUGGACAGCAUUCGCCAAGAACUUGAGCAAGACUAGUACUGUACUGAACACUUAGUAUAUCUCUGAAUUUGUGCUUGUCAUUAAUAUGCUGUAGUGAAACAAUACUGAAUUGAAAAAAAUAUACUUGUUCCAGUUUAAUAAAUUUUGACCCUAAAUUUUUUGUGUAAGGGUAAAAAAAUAGUAUUAUCUGCUGAAAAAUGCAGAUAUACGUGCUGGAUAUGUUUUAUUAAAACAUGUUCUGAAAUUAUAUAUGUCUAAUCUGUGAUAAGCCAUCAUAAUAUUGCCACUUGCCAAGGCAUUGUUGGGAGAGUAUCUCUGAUUCACAUAUCUGUACAAUAGAAUUCAUUCUGUACAUGUAGUGCCCUCGGAAGAUAGAUUCUGUUUCAGGUUGGGCAGAUUGUGGGUAAUGAACCAUUAUGGUUCAACUGUUGGAUGUGUUCUGCUGCAGGUCAUUAAUCUCAAGGCAAUACAAAAGGUGUAACAUCCCACAAAUCUAGGCCCUUGUUCCAGCAGCAAGUGUUUAUUGUAAAAUAACCUUGGUACCAGUUUUUUGUAAGAGAAAUUAUGUUACUGUAUAAAAAUGAAUGUUAUUAUCUGUGAUCAAAUAAAAAAUUGUCUCAAUUUACAUAUUGUUAACACCUGUUUUACUGACAUGUAUAUGUAUAUGUCAAUUAUAUGAAACAAAAAGAUAUUUAAAAUUAACUCUCAAAAAGUGCACUUGAUAACAUACUCUUCAGAAAAUGGCAUUCCUUGGAGAGAUAUAUAAAGUUUUAGGAGAGUGUUGGUUGGAAUUGUUAAGUGUUAUUGAUUGUUUUAAAAUUUCUGUAUGGAUUAUAUAAUGUUAAUUAUAUUUGUAGUUUGUCUUGUUGUAUACCAGUGAUGUGGUUAUUUUAACAGGAAGAAAAUCCAAUUAAGAAGACACAAAUUUCAUUUGACAGGCUGCGAAACUGAAAAUGUCUUUUCUUGUAAAUAUGGUCUUUAGUACAUGUAUGAAUCGCAUGCAUCACAUACUCAUUUAGAGCAUAUUUAUUCAUAAAUGUGUCAAGAGUUCCAAUAUAGAAGGAGAUGAUCCUAAUAGCCAUCAUGCAAAAAUUAUUUACAGAUAAUACACCACAUUUACAGAUAACUUUUUCUAGCCUUUCGUAUGAAGUGUGAAUCUUUGAAGGUUUACUUGUGUUAGGAGGUGAGCUAGUUUGCUACAUACUGUACUGUUUGUUUCUGAGUCUUUCUUAUCAUGUUACUCGGUUUGUUACCAUGUAGGGUAGUGUACGCACAUGUCCUUUGGUUUGUUACCAUGUAGGGUAGUGUACUACACAUGUCCUUUGGUUUAUUACCAUGUAGGGUAGUGUGGUACACUUGUCAUUUGCUUUGUUACCAUGUAGGGUAGUGUGUUGCAUAUGUUAUCUGCUGUGUUACCAUGUUAAGGAUGUCUGUUACAUGUCAUCUGGUUAAUUACCAUGUAUUUGUCUAUUAAUGUGAUAUCUGGUUUGUUACAAUGUAAUGUAGUGUAUUUGUGUUAGUCUUCACUUGCCUUGUGUCAGAUGGUGCAUUUGUCUGAUCCCAAACCUUAAGCAAGACCUUUAUUGGUAAUAAACAUGGGGAAACGGACAUAUCUUGAUAUUUAGUCUGUCUGUUUUCUAGUUUGGCUUUAUUUAAUUUUGGAUAUGGGGUAUAUCAUUAAAAUUGUCAGGUUUACCCAUUCAGAUAUCUGAAUUUAUCUUUAUUUUGUCUUUACAGAUAUACACAACAUGUGGUAAUCAAGCUUUCCGUCCAAAAAAUAUUGAUAUUAUUUUUUCCAUUUUUAACCAAGAUAUGCUAUUAUAAUAUAAUAACAUUAUUAUAUUAUAUAAAAAAGUAUAAUAUAUAUAUAAUAUGUACCCACUCCACCAUUGUCUCUGUUCAAUUGACAUUGUUUUAAGAGAAUUUUUAUGACGUGUCCUGAAUAACCAUUAUAUACAGAUAAACGGUUUUGCUCAAUGCUUACAUAACUUUAUGGAAUUUAAGCUUCCUUCUCACACUCCGUAAGUAUAUGCCACUUAAUGCUUCUUCCCAAAACUUGGUAAUUUGUGAACCCAUAUUUGCUUUUAACUUGUAAUAGGACACAAAUAAUAGGUAUAUUUAAUAAUUUAUCUUUGAGUUCUGAAUAAUGCUGUUUUUGUCUGAUAUGCAUUUAAUGUUGCAUAGGAGCAUUAUCGCAGAUUUUUUAGGCGUUAGUUGAUUGGAAUACAUGAUCCUUUUGUUUUAUGUAUAGCUACACAGUUAGAUAUGCCUCUUUUUACCCUUUGUAGGAUGUAUACUGAGUUUAUAGGGUACAAUUAUGAGAGUUUAACUCAUAGGCUACGAUUGUGAGAGUUUUAAGUACAGUCAGUGAUAUACUUUUUCUUUGAUGUCUUAUUUAGUUAAAUUUUAUAUAUGGUACCACAACUAUUAGGAACCAUUCUUGACCAUUAUACUGCUUUCAUGGGUGUACUAAAUGAUGCAAAUAAGGCAAUGUUACAUGCCGUAAGGGUUUAAACGUAAUUUGUGUUCCUAAUUGUGUAUACAUUUAUUGAAUAAACCUAUCUAUUGAUUCAU